UUCAAUAACAAAAGAUGGCUAAACAACUUAGUUUCAUUGCCUUGGCUCAAUAUACCAUCCUUGCCAUCGUUCUUGCAGCCACCACCGUUAGCGCUGAUGAUGCCACACCAAUCCCAGAUACUCCAGAUGGAAUACAAGCUUGGUUUGAUGCUAAUGUCAAGCCCCUUGCUGACCGUGCGGGCACCUUAGAAAAAGCCCUUGAAGCAGCAGAAGCUACACCAAAGACCAUUAAGGUGAGACAAGAUGGAAGUGGAGAAUUCAAAACCAUAACUGAUGCGGUUAAGAGCAUCCCAAAAGGAAAUAAAGAGCGUGUUAUUGUGGAUAUUGGCCCCGGAAUUUAUCCUGAGAAAGUCACCAUUGAAGUAGAAAAGCCUUUCAUUACUUUCCUCGGACCACCUGAAAAGGCAACCCUGGCAUUUGGUGGUACUGCUGCUGAAUAUGGAACUGUUUACAGUGCCACAUUACAAGUGGAUUCUGAUUUCUUCGUGGCAUCUAAUUUAAUCAUUCAGAAUACUGCACCCAGGCCGGAAGGCACCAGAGCUGGACAGCAAGCAGUUGCCCUUACUAUCGGCGGUACUAUGGCAGCUUUCUACAAUGUUAAAAUGCUUGGAUUUCAAGACACAUUGUGUGAUUACAAGGGCUUUCAUUUCUUCAAAGACUGUUACAUUGAAGGCACCGUUGAUUUCAUUUUUGGAAGGGGAAAAUCCAUUUAUCUACAAACAGAGAUACGUGUGUUAGCAGAUCAAGAUCAAACUAUUGUAACAGCACAAGCAAGAGAAACUGAAACACAAGAUGUGGGUUUCUCUUUUGUACAUUGCAGUAUAACUGGAAAAGGAACUGGAGCAUUCUUGGGUCGAGCAUGGAUGCCGAUGCCUCGGGUGGUAUUCGCUUACACUAGCAUGGUCGAGGUUAUCAAUCCUGAAGGAUGGUCUAAUAACCACCAUCCUGAACGAGAAGCGAAAGUAUUCUUUGGAGAAUACAAGAAUACAGGACCAGGCGCUGCUCCAGCUGAACGCGUUAAAUUUGCCAAGCAACUAACUGAAGAAGAAGUGAAACCCUUCCUUUCCCUUGGCUUUAUUAAAGGUACCAGUUGGUUGCUUCCUCCACCAAAGGCAUAAAGAGUUCACUCAAGGGCCACUGAGAGAGUGGAAUAGUAAGGAGAAUACAAUACUUAUAUGGGUAGCUGGUCUUGCGAAGCUGAUCUAUUACUCUUCGGCAUUAAUUGUUUGUAGAAAUAAACUAAAUUAUUGGAAUAAGGGCAAUACAAUAGAAUUGUUUGUCCCUUUUUUGGAUUUAGAUAACUUACACAUGUGUGUUUUUAAUUUCAACCGUUUAUGUCUUGGAAAAAGCUUGGUGUACAAAAAAAAUGCUUAUAAAAGUUGUACAAAUGAAAUGAAAUGUUCACUCUAUCUUUAAGUCAUUUAGACUCUAAAUUAAUUUAAUUCCCACCAAAAUCAUUUCUCUCCAAAAUUUAACCAAUCAUAAUUC